AUGGCAAUUUUUAAAUCAAUUUCAAAUUCCACUGGUUCAAUGGGAAGUUCAAUUGGUUUCUCUAGUAAAGAUGGAUUUUCUAGUAAUGAUAAUUCAAUUUCAUGUUUUGAUGGUGGUGGUGGUGGUGGUGGUUUAGGUGGAUGGGGUGGUAUCGGUGGUUUUAAUGUUGGUUGUGGUGGUUCAAAUGCAAAUAUCAUAAACAUUGAUAUCGAUAUUGGCCGUCGUCAUCGUAGAUGUUGUUAA